CAUGCACCGAAGCAAGAGACGCGGAUCAACGCGUUUUAACGCGCCGAUUGCAAAACCUUUCAGACCUGCAGCUCCCCUCAGUUCUUUUUGUAUAAUUCACCCACUUUAUCCAACUUCCACCCAACGAUCAUGGGCGAUUUCCCACCUUACACAGACCCGUGUUCACCUAUCGACAAUCGAUCGUGGCACUAUUUAAUCGCCAAUGCGGACUUACUUGUUUCCUGCUCUGGGUGGGGAGGCUCGGGAUCUCUGGCGCGCGCCGUCAGGAAAAAGAGUCUGCGUGUCCGGGAAAAACCAAGACUUGAGCCUGACAGGGGGGAGCUGCGGCCAGGGAGAAGCUGGGAGGCUCUGCAGCCGGGAGCAGUGCUCCUACAUACCCAAAAGAUCGUGCGCUUUUACGCCUUGGAUUCACAGGAAAAUCUCUCCGAAUAAUAGCAGCAUGCGGCGCAGAUAUGUUUUAUUUUACAGUAGAAGUCAUUUAUGCUUCUGGCAUUCACCAAACAAUAAUAAAAAAAUAAUUUGGAACAUCUGUGGAGAUGUUAAAGCUUGUUUGAAAUAAACACUGUUUUUCGGUGGGGCUGGGAUGGAGAUGUGGAGUGCUUCACUUCUGGAUGUGUGGUGGUUGAAAACAUGUUGUGUUUGCGCAGCCAAGCCCGUGUACCAGGGAGUCCGAGUGAAGGUGACAGUGAAAGAGAUGCUGGAGAGGAAGAGAGCACGAGAGGCCGACAAGAAGAGGCUGAGAAUGCAGGUGUCUCCACCUUGUUUGGACCUCCAGGAGCUUUGCGCGCCUGCAUUUCCAUCUCCAUCGGGUGCCUACGUGGACCCUCCUGCGGCCAUCCAGCAGCCCGCGCCGGCCAGCUGCGGCGCUCCGGCCCUGCCGCCGCCCGUUGCGCAUUACGCGGCUCCUGACGGCGUCCAGGCGCAGCCGGGCGGCUUCGACUGCCUCCAGGCGCAGUUCGGGGACGGGAUGAUGCCCGGUUUUGGCUACUCAGACAACAAAAACACCACCAGCAGCAGCAACAGCAGCAGUAACAGCAGCGGAGGCUUCAGCUACAGCCCUCCCCUGCCUCCUCUCACCGCCUCCCCGCAGCCUUGGAGCCACGAGCUGUCCCCACAUGCGGACUACUGUGGGAUGGGAUCUUACUCCUCCGACGAAUCGCUGGCGCCUUAUAACCACUGGGAUUACUACAGCCCCUCCCCACAGGACUCCUUCUCCUCCUCCUCCUCUUCAUCUUCCUCCUGCUACAGUUCCCCCACCAGGCUGGAGUCGAGUCAGCAGCUGGGCUUCAUGUCCGAGCCGUUCCACCGCCAGCAGUGCAGCCCGCAGGCCGGUUACCCCGCGGCCCACUUCUGGCCCCGCCAGUUGGAGAGCUUCACCGCCGCCGACUACCCGGCCUACGACCCCCCAGACUAUGAGUGGGCCUGCGCCAUGAAGGAGCUGAACGAGAACAGUUUCAGGAGGGAGUUUGCGGCGGCCUCGUCGAUGUGUUACAAUAUUCUAUGAAGAGACUUGUGGCAGUAUUACUUUGAGUGUAAAUAUGUUGUAUUAAAGCAGCCAAGCUGUUUGCUUUGUAUUUCACUGUGUGCUCUGAUUGGUCUUUUCUUGGUGAGACGAAGGUGACGACUGAAUGAACCGGAUGGCUGAAAUGUUGGCACCGUAUGUUUUGAUGGGAGGGAGUUUUGACUGUUUUUCUACGCUAGCUGUUUCUGCUUUCAUUGACGUAAACCUUAGUGAAGCAAUGAUCUGGUCUUUACCCUGAAACAAAAUCAGCCUGGUUAUCAACGAGAUCACAAGGCGGGUCGAGAAUGUUCUCUGAGUAUUAGAUUUGCUACAAUGAAACACUUUUUUGGAAUCUAGAGUGAAUCUGAAAAACUAGUAAAAACUAAUUGUUGCCUUUCUCAGACCUUUACAACAUGGAAGCCAUCGAUAGGUGAUCACAACCCCCAACGAUGGUCGCCUGCAGCAUGGGUGAAGGGACUGACUCCUCCUCUAGCCCCGCCCACUGUAUGAUCAUGCACAUAUUGUGUUGAUGUACCAAAUAAACAUAUGUUG